AGGAUCAGUGGCUAUGCAAGAGAGAGUGCAAGACGAGGGAAAUUCUACUCCCUGAACAGAUCGAAGUGAUUGGACAACACAAUUUUGGAGCGAAUGGCACGGUGCAAGUGUAGCGGAAGGGCCUUCUGCCUUUGUCUUCUCCCCUUUUUGAUGAUGAGCCAUCUCUUGGUGUAUAUUAUAGUGACCAUAUUUGUCGCCAUGUCCUACAGACCCGAGCCUCAGCCCGUGUCUCUGCCUCUUCAUUUCAUAGCCCCUGGAGUGUCGUCCAACUCUGGAGCUCUUGCAUCCCAUCCACUAAAUGCCUUCUGGAACCUGCGUUUGGUUGAGGGAGCUUUGUGGAACCGCCUUCAGCACCUCAAGGACAGAGAAAACAAUCCCAUAUUGAGGGGUAAUAUCACAGUUGUCAGGGGUCCACAAAAUGAAAGUACUGACCCGUUUCCAAAUGAUGGCUCUCCUCUGUGUCAACCCGAUCAUCUCUUGGCAUCUCAACUGCCUGAUUUUAACACAAUACCUGAGCAGAUGAAGGACUUUGUCUUGUCCAUGCAUUGUCGGAGCUACACCCUCCUGAAGAACCAGCCUGACCUGUGCAAUGGACAAGAUACUGAGACAGAUGCCCCUAUGCUAUUCAUGGCAAUCAAGUCCCAAGUGGGAAACUUCGAGAACAGACAGGCCAUUAGGGAGACAUGGGGAAGGACUGGCUUGGUACAAGAAGAGUCAGGGGGACAAAGGUGGCAGGUGCGUACUGUCUUCCUACUUGGAAGGCAGGAUGUAACAACUGGUCCCCAUCCAGACCUUGAGGCACUUUUACAGCUGGAGAGCAGCCUUCAUAAGGACAUCCUGCAGUGGGAUUUCAGAGACACGUUCUUUAACCUCACCUUGAAGGACUUACUCUUCUGGAACUGGCUCGCCGUGCACUGCCCACAGGCCCACUUUAUCUUCAAAGGAGAUGAUGAUGUUUUUGUUAGGACCAGUGCUCUUUUAGACUACUUAAAUAAACAUCAUGCUUCCCUACAAGGAACAAAUAAGAAAGUAAAGGAUGAUUUCCUUGUAGGAGAUGUGAUUUCUAAUGCUUGGCCCAGUCGCCAGCCAACAGCUAAAUAUUACAUACCUGAGAGUUUUUAUAAAGGUAUAUACCCAACAUAUGCAGGUGGAGGAGGAGUGGUGUACUCUGCCGCUCUGGCUAUGCGACUUCGGGAAGUCUCACACUGGGUGAGUUUGUUUCCUAUUGAUGAUGUAUACAUGGGGAUGUGUCUCCAGAGACUGGGUAUUCGCCUUAUUCAUCACCCGGGCUUUUUGACCUUCGAUCUUCCCGACGCCAAGAAAGAGACGCCGUGUGCUUACCACAAAGUACUACUGGUGCAUAAGCGCAGCCCAAAAGAGAUGCUUACACUAUGGAGAGUCCUUAAGGCUCCACUUGCUGAGUGCUAAUGCAGGAGGA